AUGACCCGCAUGGUCGAGAUCCAGCUGACAAACGAGCGGUACGGCUCCAUGAAGAAAGCCAGUGCGGCCAAACACAGGACGCACCGCAACGGGUCGCGGUCCGCCUCGCCCGUCAGCAGCGACGACGAGCAGUCGUCGGACACGCUCAAGCUCGCGCCGGAACCGCAUUCCAAGGCGUCGCCCUCCCCCGUGCCCCCCACCACGUCCACGUCCACCGCGAAAGAAUCGAGUGUCUACGAGACCGUUUUCGACCGCUACCACAAAGCCACGUGCACCAAGAUGUACGACGUCGAGGAGCUCAUUGACUACUACUGGCACCGACGUCUUGCCGCCGUGCCGGCCGUGAUCGUGAGCUACUUGCCCUUCGUGAUUACGCCCAAUCAGAUCACGAUCUUCGGCCUCUUUCUCGGCUGGGGCGCCGCGCUCUGUCUCUACGACUCGGAGUUCCACUACCCCCUGGCCUGGACGCCCUCGCACUCCCUGCUCUCUGCCGCGCUCCUCAUGUUCGCCUGGAUCGUGUCCGACUGCACCGACGGCCAAGUGGCUCGUCUCUGCAAACGCGGGACGCGCACAGGUCGCAUCCUGGACGGCGUCGUCGACGGCCUCGUCAUCGCUCCCAACUGCUGGAUCAUGGGCGACAUCAUGCAGCACCAUUACGGCGGCCACGUGCUCUACUUCCACCUCGGCUUCUGGUCCGGCAUGUCGCUCUGGCUCCAUGCCAUCGUCUACGACCGCAUCAAGAACGUGUACAUGGAAAACGCCCUCCCCCAGUCGGAAUGUGACGGCGAGACAGCAGCGAGUGUCGGGGCCGAGUACCGUGCUGCACGGGAACAGGCAGCCUGUGCUCUGGACACGAUGUUGCUGGGGAUUUACACCGUCUACCUCACUGUGCAAGCCAGUUUCACGUCGGAUGCCGCCUCGCAGGCAGAAACGGAUCGCCAAGAGCUCCUGGCGACUUGUACCAGUGAGUACCACGUUGCGUACCGUCAACGCUUUAGCGGCCUCGUGCGCGUCGCGUCGUUCUUGGGCAUCAGCUCCCAUAUUACGGUCCUCUACCUCGCCUACUUUAUGGCGGUCUUUCACUGGGACGUGAUCUUUUACGUGCAGUUUUACUCGCUCGUGCUCUUGAAUUUCGUCCUGGUGCUCGUCCUCAUCCAGUACCAGCGUUCGGGCAUGAGUGCGUUCUUGCCGACCAAGGAAGGGAGUAUAUGA